AGAUGCACCAGACUCCGUUUCCAGAAAGAAAGAAAGAUGCACCAGACUUGCCUGCACUGUUUCUCCUGCUCUGCUAUAGACUGCUACACACCACCAUCACCAUUUGUUCUGAGCAGUGAGCAAAACCACCACCACCACCACCAUUUCCUCUUCUGAGCAAAACCACCAUCACCUUUUACCACCUACCAAGGCGCCGGCCGCGCGGGCAGGGCACAGACCGUCCGGCAACGCAAUGGCGACCUCCGCGCGUUCCUGCUCCUCCGGCCUUCUCUUGGUCUUCCUCCUCGCCGUGUGUGCGGCCUCGGCCUCGGAGGAGACCGUGCGCGUCACGCCCACCGUGAUUGGGUGCUACCCGGCGGCCACCAACGGCAGCAGCUUCAAUGCGACGGCGUUCCGCGCCAGCCUCCUCCCGCUCCUCGGCGCGCUCCCCUCGGCCGCCGCGCCGACGGGCUUCGCGUCCCUGCGGUCCGACCGCACGCUCGCCCGCGGGGUCUGCUUCGGCGACGCCGCGCCGUCAGACUGCCUCGCGUGCCUGUCCGCGCUGGCCAAGAACCUGACCGACGGCUGCGGCGCCGCCACCACCCGGCUCGCCGGCGUCUGGAACGACGGCUGCUUCGUGUCGUACGCCGACACCGUCGCCCCCUCGGCCACCACACUGCUCUCCACUGCGCUGGUGCCUCGCAGCGAACCCAGCGACACCAACGACUCCAACGGCUUCAUCAACCUUACUCUCGUUCUCCUCUACGCCCUUGUAGCGAUGCAGUUCGUCAACCUGAUGCUGACAAUCACUAAUGCUUUCAACUGAUCGGUGAAGAGAAGAAUGCAAUGCAGUCAGCACGCACGUGACAGAUCAAACUGCAACAAACUACACUGUGUGUAUGUGUGUGUAUGUGUUCGCGUGGUCUCCAUCGACGAGUUAGGAGCAUGCCUACUUCUGUUUCGUUGAGUUAUGUGUGUGAUGUGAGCAUGUCGUGAGUUGUAGUCAUUGAUUAAGCAGACUUGCAAGAAUGGCACUCCGGCCAGUUUGAUCAACUGUUUGCUUGCCUGCAUGGUAGUAGUUAAUUAAUUUGUAAUGGGGACCCUGUUAAUUUGCGGACAAACCUCUGUCCCAAACUAAUUUUCAUCAUAUAUCAAACAAGGAAACCGGAAUAAAAAUUUAUUUACCGCGCCUACUCCCUGGAUGAACUCCCUCGUGGGAAUUCCCCUUCCCCUUCCCUUUGGUUACCAAACAGGUUGUGAGAGCCAGCAUGUGAACGUGAGACACAACUGCUAGUACUAUAUAUAUCGAUCGUCUAUCGACACGCAGCGCUUGCAGCUGCAGGCAAGGCACGUCAUUACUCGCGCCGAUCGAGCUACCACCGGUCGG